AGUCCAAGUCGUUCGGUCCCGCUGUCACAUACAUUUUUUCAAGUGCGGUUACGUCUCGUCGCCAGCAGCAGCAACAACAAGUUUAUAUAAACACACAGAAAGAGCCAAACCCCGAAAUCGAUCGCAAAAUGAAGAAGUUUUUCGUUGUAUUUGUUGCAUUAUUCGGAGCCGCUGCGGCCCAACAGAGCUUUAAAUGUCCCGAUGACUUCGGAUUCUACCCACACGAUGCCUCCUGCGACAAAUACUGGAAGUGCGACAACGGUGUCUCCGAGCUGAAGACCUGCGGCAACGGCCUAGCCUUCGAUGCCACAGACUCCAAAUACCUCACCGAGAACUGCGACUAUCUGCACAAUGUUGAGUGCGGCGAGCGCACAGAGCUGGAACCCCCAAUCACCACUCCACACUGUUCCCGCCUGUACGGCAUCUUCCCCGAUGAGAACAAGUGCGAUGUGUUCUGGAACUGCUGGAACGGCGAACCCUCCAGAUACCAGUGCUCACCCGGUCUGGCCUACGAUCGCGAUGCCCGCGUCUGCAUGUGGGCCGACCAGGUGCCUGAGUGCAAGAACGAAGAGGUUGCCAAUGGCUUUGCAUGCCCCGCUGCCGGUGAGAUUGCGAAUGCUGGCUCUUUCUCGCGCCACGCCCAUCCCGAGGACUGCCGCAAGUACUACAUCUGCCUGGAGGGAGUUGCUCGCGAAUAUGGCUGCCCCAUUGGCACUGUGUUCAAGAUCGGCGACAGUGACGGCACUGGCAACUGCGAGGAUCCCGAGGAUGUUCCCGGCUGCGAAGACUACUACGGCGAUCUGGAUUUGAAGAGCAUCCGCAAGAGCGAGCUUCUAGCUGGAUUGAACAGUGAAGGUCGCAAGAAGAGCCCGCCCAAAACCAAAGCUGCCUCCACCACCUCCUCAUAAACAUAAUAACAACAACAACAAUAAUAACUAAACAACAGCAACUACAACUACAACCAAGAACAACAUCAAUUACAACUACAAUACAACAAGAUCAAUGCCCAAUUUUCCACAUUUCCACCCCCCUGUCCCCUCUCCUAUCCACUCACAUCACAAAAAGAAUACUCAGCCAGCCUCAAGUCCUAAUUCCAAAUCGCAUCAGAUCUAUUGGCCUGCCAUUUUCGUACUUCUCCCCCUUAAAUUCUAUUUUUUUUGUUUCUAAUUUAUGACUCUCUUUCCUUUCGCAUCAAUUUCCCCCCAAAAUUUCUGAGUCAAAUCAUUUGCUAUCUCUUUAUGUUUUCUGUUUUCAUUAAAUGCUGAACCGUAAAUAUCGAGACAUCAAAAUUUCAACUCAAAUAUUUAGGGUCAACGAAAUUUUUCACAAAAAUUUUGAAAUGUGCGACCGAAAGAAUUAACAAAACAAAAACAAAUAGAAAAGAACAUCGAGGAAUGAAAGAAUCCUUUCAAAAUGAAGCGUAAAAUUUAGAGAUUUGUACAUUUAAGUGAUCCUUGUUUAUAAGCUUAUAAUUUUAUUUUAUACAUAAAAA